UCAUUAGUUAAAACAAUGUUUCGGUUUUUUAUUUAUCUAAUUAGUAUUGUUCGUUUAUUGUUCUAUGAUUGAAAUUUUAAGUGUUUUUUUAGUAUAAAUUGCUUCCUCCUGAAAUGAUGACAACUGUUUGUUUUGGUUCUACCAAUUUUGGGUGAAUUUAUUUAAUUUUCUAACUAUCAAUUCAUAUUAUUUCUGAACUUUUGUAUUAUUAUAUAACGAAUCUAUACUCUAUAGUUUAGUUUUCAACUUCAAAUUUUGAGAUCUUUGUAGUCACACCCUCUGUACCACCAAUACUUCUCUUAGUGUCUGUGUUAGUAUAUGUGUUUCAUGGGUCACACAUGUAUUGAUGCUGUUCAGAAUCUAGCUCUGGAUCUUGAUUAGAACCAAGAAGAAUAUAGAUAUUUCAAAUGCAAUGAAGGCCAGGUGUAUCUCAUUCUUACAUUGAUCUUCUGAUGGCUCUUACAGCAAACAAAGUUUCAAAUGGUCCUAUCUUGACUAAUAGAUCAACAAUUUCUAGAUCACAUGGAGAACAUUAUUUUUCCUCGUCAACGAGGAUCAACAGAAUACAGCUUUUGAGAGUUAAAUUGGAACAUGGACAUGUUAACAAUGGAUUUGUCUUCAAUGAGAGAUCAUCCUUAUUCAAUGAAUCAUUUUGGUUUGUUAAUGGAAAACCAGUUAGUUUAAUCUCAAAGACAUCUUUGGUUUCAUGUAAAUCAACCGGAGCAAAUAACACCGAAGAGAAAGAACGUGUUACAGCUUAUGAUGAUGUUUCUGAUUUAACUAGACGACACGCCGAAGAUCAGAAAAAUGAUCAGGCUCGUUCAGUUCGUGGCUUGGCUGAAGCUUAUAGAUUUGUCUGUAACGAUGCAAAGUUUCUCUCGCGUGGCAUAAUGAGGAUGGAUGCUCGUGCACGCCGAGAUGUAGCUUUUCUAGGGACAGAAUUUCUCAAACUUGAUGCUCGAGCAAGAAAGGAUACUGAGAAAAUCGACCGUGGUGUCAAGGAAAAAGCUAAGCGCCUUAAUCGUAUUGCCACUAUCUUGAAGGAUAUAGCUCAGUCCAGAUUGAAAAGUGCUGCGGAUGAGCACUGGAGUGAUGGGGCCUUAGAGGCUGAUUUACGCCUGGCUGACUUCCGUGCCAAGCAACGCGCCAUGGAAGAUGCCCUUAUGGCCUUGGAGCUCAUAAAAAACAUCCACAACCUGAUGGUGAGCAAGAUGUAUCACUUUCCUAUUUCUAGAGAUAAGGGUUCUCUUUCAGAAAAUAAUGCCAGAAGACGAAUCAUGCUUGAAAAGAAUGGAAAAACCACAAAUUCCUUUCCCGGGGAUGUGACGACAGAACGGAUUAAUGCUCUUCAGGAAGCUUACUGGAGUAUGGCAUCAGCACUUUCUGAAGCAGAUGGAAUUGAUUACACUGAUCCUGAAGAGCUUGAGUUGUUGAUCACAACUCUUAUAGACCUUGAUGCAAUGGAUGGUAAACAAAGUGUAUCUUUGUUGGCAGAAUGUUCUAGUUCCCCUGAUGUCAGUACUAGACGAGCUUUAGCGAAGGCACUUGCAGCAGCACCAUCAAUGUGGACUCUUGGAAAUGCAGGGAUGGGGGCAUUACAGAGGCUUGCGGAGGAUAGUAACCCGGCCAUUGCAGCUGCAGCAUCCAAAGCUAUUUAUGAACUGAAAAAGCAAUGGGAAAUAGAGGAAGGUGAUAACUGGAGGUUUAUGAUGGAUGAAAGCACCAAGGAAGAAAAUGAAAGCUGAGAAUCUGAUAAUUAAGAAGAUACCAAUUCAUAAAUCUUUAAAACUUUACACUGUACAGCAUGAGUAUGUCUCCCUAGGAUUCUAAAUAGUGUAGGAUUAACCCAUAUGAUCACUGGAAAGUUAUGUAGCACCCGACACUUCAAAUUGAAGUUGUGUCUGAUGUCCAACAUGUGUUGGUGUCCGACACGACACCGACACAUGUAGGUACAUUCAAUUACUUCCAUUUUUCCACACUAUGAUCGCUCUCGAUGUGUCAAUAUCAUUGUUGUAUCUGUAUUGGUGCUUCAUAUCUGGGAAGUGACUACUACUAGUUAAGAUGCCAAUAUGCUGGUUAUAUGCAUUAGAAAUUGCAGAACUUUCUUCAUCUAUAGAUACAUAUUUGUAACAUUAAUUGUUCUAUGUAAGAACUUUCCUACAUAAGUUUCUCAACAACUAUGCUUUUAUCUAGUACAAUACUGAAAUUUGACUUA